CCAGUGGUGUGGUGAGGCGGAGGGGGGGGUCCUCUGAAGGGAUGGGAUGUUUAAAUAGGUGUUGCAAAAUAAAAGGGGUGCAAAGGAGGAGGCGCUGGAGGAUGUUGGUGCCGCAGGACCCGGAAUGUGCCGCUUUGCAUCGCUGCCGUGGACCCUCCAAAACGGGGUCUGGAUCCAGGAAUGGUUUCCCCCCAGCGUGUGUGAGAUGCAAUCAAUGCAACGGGGUGGUAGCCAACAACACACACCUGAAAGCUGCUGAGCCCAGUAAAUGCUCGAAGGAAGGGAAAGAAUCUGCAGAGAGGAAGAUGAGUGCAGAAGCUGCUGACCGGGAGGCUGUCACUUCAAGUCGACCUUGCACACCUCCCCAAACAUCCUGGUUUGAGUUUUUGCUAGAGGAGUCUCUGCUGGACAAACAUCUGAAAAAAGUUUCGCCUGUAGAUCCAUCACCUGUUCAGCUAAUCGUUCAGUUUUUGGAGCAGGCUUCCAAACCUUUGGUGAAUGAGCAGAACCAGGUCCAGCCUCCACCUGAUAACAAAAGAAACCGCAUUUUAAAAUUGCUUGCUCUGAAAGUUGCAGCACAUUUGAAGUGGGAUUUGGAUGUACUGGAGAAAAGUUUAUCGGUUCCGGUAUUGAACAUGCUGCUGAAUGAACUGCUGUGCAUUAGUAAGGUUCCUCCAGGAACUAAGCAUGUAGAUGUGGACCUUGCCAGUUUACCUCCAACCACAGCAAUGGCGAUACUACUUUACAAUAGAUGGGCUAUUAGAACCAUAGUCAAAAGCAGUUUUCCUGUCAAACAAGUGAAACCUGGUCCACCUCAGUUAAAUGUAAUGAAUCAGAUUCAGCAAGAAAAGGAAGUAACAGAAAAUAUCCUGAAAGUACUAAAAGAACAGGCUGCUGAUUCCAUUCUGGUCUUAGAAGGAGCACUCAAAUUAAAUAAAGAUCUUUAUAUUCACACAAUAAGGACUCUAGAUUUGCUAGCCAUGGAACCUGGUGCAGUUAAUGGAGAAACAGAGGGUUCCACAGCCGGAUUCAACAUCAGCGCUGAGGAACUGCAGUGUCAGGUCUGCUAUGAUUUAGGUGCUAUCUAUUUUCAGCAAGGUUCCACAGAUUCUGCUCUUUAUGGAAAUGCCAGGGAGAAAUUUUUUCGAACAAAGGAACUGAUUUCGAAGAUUGGCUCUUCGCUUCAUUUCAUCAUAGAUGAAAAAAGGUUAGCUGGUUACUGCCAAGCUUGUGGAGUUCUUGCCCCUUCUGACAAUACUUCACAGCCAUCAACUCCUUACAGUCAAAUCCAUAGUUGUUUAAGAUCUGGCAGUUAUCAGGAACUAGUGAAGAUUUUCCUUGAAGAUAACCGAACACCCAGUUUACCCGUUCAGUUCAGGCAAUCAGUUCUCAGAGAACUCUCCCAGAAAGCUCAGCAAGGGAAUGAUGUCUCGGAAGAAAUAUGUUUCAAGGUUUGUGUGUGCAACAGUGUUUGUGAUGUAAUGCAAGGCCGACCAGUCGGUGUCCACUUCAACCAGAUGUUUCUUAGACCCACCAAAGAAAAAAUAGACUUUCUCCUAGAGGUAUGUUCAAAAUCAAUACAAGUAGAAAGUGCUUCAGAAUCUUCAAAACGGAAAAUGGCCUAUUUUCUGAAAAAUCUCUGUUUGGGUUUGGAAGACCUCCAACUUGUCUUCAUGAUUUCCUCCCACGAGCUCUUCAUAGCAUUGCUGAAAGAUGAUGAACGAAAGCUGCUUAUUGAUCAAAUGAGGAAAAGGUCGCCUCGAGUCAACUUAGGCACUAAGCCUAUAACUUCAUUUUAUGACAUUCCAGCCUCAGCAAGUGUGAAUAUUGGUCAGCUUGAACACCAGCUUAUAUUAUCAGCCGAUCCCUGGAGGAUCCGCCAAAUUUUAAUUGAAUUGCAUGGCAUGACAUCAGAACGCCAGUUCUGGACAGUUUCUAACAAGUGGGAAGUGCCAAAUGUUUACGGCAAUGUAAUCCUAGGGAUCAAAGAUAAUUUGACCAGGGAUUUGGUCUACAUCCUCAUGGCAAAGGGGCUGCACUGCAGUACAGUCAAGGAUUUUGUCCAUGCAAAACAGCUUUUUGCUGCUUGCCUUGAACUUGUGACAGAGUUUUCUCCAAAGUUACGCCAAGUCAUGCUGAACGAGGUGCUACUUCUGGACAUUUAUUCCCAUGAAGCAGGAGCAGGGCUUUUGGGAGAAACACCCCCCUCUAACCUGAUCAGCAGAGUUCGAGGCUACUUAGAAAUGAGGGUUCCUGAUAUUCCACUUCGACAAGUUGUAGCAGAGGAAUGCGUUGCCUUUUUGUUGAAUUGGAGGGAGAAUGAGUACUUAACAAUGCAAGUCCCUCUCCCACUGGUUCAGACCAAUCCUUACGUGAAGCUUGGACAGCUUUUGGCUGCCACAUGUAAAGAUCUUCCUGGACCCAAAGAAAGUAGACGGGCAGCGAAAGACCUUUGGGAGGUGGUUGUGCAGAUCUGCAGUGUAACCAACCAACACAAACGAGGGAAUGAUGGCAGAGUGAGCUUAAUAAAGCAGAGAGACUCAACGUUAGGCAUAAUGUACAGGAGUGAACUGCUCUCUUUUAUCAAAAAGUUGCGGGAGCCUCUAGUUUUGACAACAAUAUUAUCUUUGUUUGUCAAGCUUCAUAAUGUUCGGGAAGACAUUGUGAAUGAUAUUACCGCAGAACAUAUUUCUAUUUGGCCAUCAUCCAUUCCUAACUUGCAGUCAGUGGAUUUCGAAGCUGUAGCUGUUACUAUCAAAGAGUUGGUCAGUUAUGCACUGACUAUAAAUUCAAAUAAUCACUUCUGGUUGAUAAUUCAGGCAGAUAUUUAUUUUGCAACCAAUCAGUACUCUGCUGCUCUUCAUUACUAUCUUCAAGCAGGAGCCGUGUGUUCGGAUUUCUUUACCAAAAUGGUACCGCCAGAUGUAUAUACAGAUCAGGUGAUAAAACGAAUGAUAAAAUGUUGUUCUCUGCUCAACUGCCAUACACAGGUAGCCAUUUUGUGCCAGUUUCUUAGAGAAAUAGAUUAUAAAACUGCAUUUAAAGCACUUCAGGAGCAAAACAGCCAUGAUGCUAUGGACUCCUAUUAUGACUACAUCUGGGAUAUUACCAUCUUGGAAUACUUGACAUACCUUCAUCAUAAGCGAGGAGAGACAGACAAGAAACAAAUAGCAAUUAAAGCUAUUGGGCAGACUGAGCUGAAUUCCAGUAAUCCAGAAGAAGUGCUACAGCUCGCUGCUCAAAGACGGAAAAAGAAGUUUCUUCAAGCAAUGGCAAAGCUUUACUUUUAGAGCACCAUUUCUAACAGAGUGAGAUAAAGAUGGCAGCUGCAAGUUACUUCCAACACUUUAUUUAACGCAUAAGACUUUUUUUUUUACAAAUUUAUAAACAUACUGUGUGGCAUUUUCCUAUUUAGAAAACUUAAAAAUUCUUCCUUUGUUUUUACAAGAGUAUACAGAAGCAAGUUAGCUUUUGUAAUUCAUUUUGAGCAAGAACACAAGCUGGCAUAAAGAGGGACAGUAAACUACCUUGGACAAGCAUGACUCUCCCUUGUACUUAAGCUGUUGCAGAACAGUCUUAACUUCACCUGCUUGUUUUUCACCCUUGCUUUCUGGCAGCUUUUCUUGUAUAAAAGGAAAGAUAGCACCUCAUGAGGAAAGAGGUAGUAUGUGACAUUUAUUCACGGUAAAGCAGGUGUUGUUCCAGUUACAUGCUGGUUGCUUAAGUUGCCUGCUGAUUUUAGAAGUAGUUUCAGUGUUUAACUGCAGCCUCUUCUCACCCCCACUUUCCUAUGUCAAUGCUUAAAACCAGUUUCACCUUAUCUCAUAUCUAUACUACACAAGUAUAGAAGCAAGAUUGAUCUCCCAGUAACAAUUACACUGCUAUGCAGGCUUCUAAAAUCUGACUAAUGCUGUUGAGUGUAGAAGUUGACUGUACAAUGUGCUUUCAACAGCAGUCAGCAGAAUAUAUCUUAAGUUCAUACAUAGCUAAUCAAAAAACUCAGUUACCUGAGGCCAUUCAACAGGUUAAAAUUCGUAGUUCAUUAUGAAUUUAACUGUUCAGCAGUCAGUCUGUUCUUUACUGGGCUGCAAAGUCAGGAAACUUGCAUGUGAGCUUCCUUUUGAUAAUCUUCCCAGCCACUUGUCAAGUGUAAAAAGUCCAGGAUGCAUUUUCCAACAGUCUUACAAUAUUGUUCAGGUUGGCACACACUCCUGUCGUGUAAGGAUUUCAUUUUUCAGAACUCUUGGGCGGGGUAAUAAUUCCUCCUGUAGACACUGGUGAUAGCUGGCCUGGUGCUGCAACAGCUACUUCGUAGUUGACUUCAUCCUAUUCAAUUAAUAUUUAAAUUAAUGCACUGAAAUGGUAAACCAAGCAAUUUCUGCUUUGCUAUUCCCCUAUGGUUCAGAGCAAAUUCCUUCAUGAGUGAGUUUCUGGUCAUCUGUAUUCCUACACAUAGUCCCCCUUUCCUUGCAAAGGAACUGGUACAGCUGGGGUGCCCUCACCUCAAGGUCUGCAUCUUUCAUGCAAAUGGCAUUUACUUGACACGCAAGAAUUUCCUUCCUUUUUCUCUAUGCCCUUAAACAACCCUAAUGACUGGCCAAAAUAGCCCUGUUGGAUCAAGCCAGUAGCCCACCUAGUCUGAGUUGGGGGCACAUUGGUUCUGUUUACAAUACGUCUUUCUACCGAUAAAAGACCAACUGUACUACUGCUCCAACACAGCUUAUUUCUUAUUGUGUUCAUGUAUUUAAAACUAGCUGCAUCUUCAAAUUUCAGUGAUCUUUAUAGAUUAGUUUUACUUUCUAAUGCAACUAUAUUAACUGCCAAAAAUGUACAUCACUGUCUUUAUAGCCCUAGUCAGUACGGAUAAUGGUCAGAGGUUUGUCCUGAACAAUCUCAAGUGGAGAAGGAAGCAGCUGGAUCUGGCCCAGAACUCACUAGCUCCUGACCUUGAACCAAUUUCUUUAAACAUCUCUGUAGUGCUAUACAUAUAUAUGUCUUGCCAGCCCAAAUAACUUGUUACACUGGAAGUGGGCAAGAUACAUGGCAUCACUUUAACACUCAGAGGUACAACAUGAAACUCAAGAGCGGGAGAAACAACUCACCAGCAUGUCCAAGUAGUUUGUGUGGGUUUGUAUAUUAUGCCUGUCUUCUGCUGCAAUUUUCUUAAAAUUCUUUAGUUUCACUGGUGAUUUUUUUGCAACCUUAAGAAAUGGUUUUAUCCACUCUACACAUUCUGCAAUACUGUCCCACUCCAAGCCUAAUAAUAAAAGAGAAAUUUUGAGUCCCGGUCUUCAUAAUGCGUAUUCACUGCUCUACAACAUACAAGAGUUACACACUUGCUAUUUUACAUAAACAGUUGACAGAAUCCUUACAGAAUGUAAAUAAAAUUACAUGAUUACAAAUAAAAGCUUGUAAGUAUUUAUAUGGCACUCUGCAUAUAUUAUUAAGCCAAUAAUACUAGAACAAAUCUGUUGGAACAGUGGCUUGUUACAGGCCAACUACUGAGUUCAUGGCAGAGACAAGAUUUUCAGCCUCGUUUCAGAUACAAAUAGCCAUAGCCCAGAGAAGCUAGAUGAGCAUAAGUGCAAGAUAUUCCCAAAUAUUAUUUCCAAGAUACUGUAGCGGCUAGUGUGUUGACAAGAGGAUCUAGCAAUUCUUAUUCCUAUUGCAAAGGGAGAAAGUACAGGUAGUACACAACAUGUCCAAGGAUAACUCACAAUAGACUCAGCUAGUGACAACUGCAGAUAAAACUCCCUCUUGUUUCUCAAUCUUAUCAUGCUUGGAGUAAUCACAGUUUGCACAUGGAGAAGAGAGAAGUGGAACAGAACAGGAUGAAGAGACUUGUAUAAAAGACAGGAAAAAUCCCAUUGUUUGGGUAGGCAAUUUUUAAAUAUGCCCAGGGAUAAAGUGAGAGGUAACCCUAGAAUUCAAAAUUUAAUGUAGCACGUUUAAGCUAAAAAAGGGGUCAGAUGCGAGAAAGCUCAAAGGGCAGCAGAAAAUUAUGAGAAAGCAUGAGCUAAGGGCAGAGGUGGAAGGGAGGAAACAGAGGAAAAUUAGCCUAUUGAGAGUUACACAGACAAGUUGUGAGCAGGCUCCACAACUAACUCUCCAGAGAGUGAGAACUACCCCUUCCAAUCCUGAGCCAACAGCCCCCUCAACCACAAUUUUGGGUAACACACCAGUGAUACAAUAUUGUUGAGGAGCCCUGCUUGUACUUUAUUUCUAAAAUAAAAAGGUCUCCAGCACCUUAACUGCCAGUUUGCAUGCCCACAUAUUUAUUACAGCCUCAGACAUCUUACAAUAGCCAGGACAUGAAAACCUGAGUAACAAAAAAGAUGUUCCAUCCUACCUGAGAC